GACAUCGUCAUUGUGUGGCAUUAUUAUUCUUAACUUUAAAUGGGAUGUGUAGGUAAAGCAGCAAAAGUAUAUUUCAGACACUGCAUUAGCAUUCUUAUUCUCAUUGCAGAAAUGUUUAUUUUCUUCAUUUUUAAAGAAUCAUGUUAAAGGUCUCUGAAGGGAUCCUGACAGCAGUGUGAGAAGUAGUUAAUGGGUAAAGGUACUGUAUGAAGUUAGGUGUAAGCCUAACUAAUGGCUAAUAAUGAACAAGGGAGUAGUGACUGAGAAGGGUGAAGAAUGAGACAAUAAAGGGCUCUGAUGCCACUGUGAAGAACAAUCAUGUAUAAGCCCUAGAAAGAACACUUAGGCAAGCCAGUUAAUUAUUGGUAUUACGGGAAUGCCCAGAGGCACAAUGAAUGGUCUCUGUUGUGAAGAGCUUGGAGUUUUACCCAAUGUAAUAGCAUGUGUGCCUAUUUGGCCAUUGUCUCAAUCAUUAGUAAUUUCACUUUUUCUUCCGUGCAUUUCUUUACAUGGGCAUUAUGUAAACAAAUCCGUACUUUGGUUUCCUUGAACAACCUUCUUGUGGUGCUUCACUGAAUGGUGAUCUCUGAUCUGAGAACCAGGUCUGUUGCCAGAUCUCAAGUAGUGCUGUGGAGGAAACCUCGACCUGUCUCUCAGCUGGUUGCACAACAAGUUACCCAACAGUUUGUGCCCCCUACACAAUCAAAGAAAGAGAAAAAAGACAAAGUAGAAAAGGAAAAAUCUGAAAAGGAAACAGCUAGCAAAAAGAACUGUCAUAAGAAAACCAGGCCAAGAUUGAAAAACGUGGAUCGAAGUAGUGCCCAGCAUUUGGAAGUUACCGUUGGAGAUCUGACAGUCAUUAUUACAGACUUUAAGGAGAAAACUAAGUCACCACCUGCUUCCAGUGCUGCUUCUGCGGAUCAGCAUAGUCAGAGUGGUUCUAGCUCUGACAAUACAGAGAGGGGAAUGUCCAGGUCGUCUUCACCCAGAGGAGAAGCCUCAUCAUUGAAUGGAGAAUCUCAUUAAAAUUUAUUUUCUCCAGUUUCUUUAGUCUCUUCUCUUCAAAACAUGCAAAUAUACAACUUCUGCCAACAAUUACCACAUUUUCAUGACAGGUUACCCAGGCACAAUUAAUAUGUUUAUUGGAAUAAUUUAUGCAGUUUUACAAAAAUGAAGUGAAGCUGGAGAAUAAAAUAAUUUAAAAGAUAUAUAUGCUGCAUUUAUAUGCAGCAUUUCAGACUAACUUUUUGAUUUUCACAUUUAAAGGUGCCAUGAAAAUGUGGUUUGAAUGUUCAUUAUGCAGUGUUAUUGGUAAGUUCAUUUUCACUUUUAGUUUAGUGAAUUCUAACACAGUUUUUGGAUUCUCUACUAUUGGCAUGUACUGAAUUUAAAUUUUUAUAACAUAGUUCAAGCUGCCUAAAUAUGUAUUUGAGAAUUGUGAACCAUAGUUAUAUGUAUGCAAGUCAAAGAUCAACUUAAUCAACUAUUGCUGCAACAGAAUUUUCAUAAUGAUUAUCUUCUUAAAACACCUGCUGGUACUUGGUGUGGUUAAAUAGGAAAAUGGUUAUUAAAUAAAACAUUUGUAUGAAUUUUUGCCAAUGUUUGACACAUUUUACUAGAUUACUGUUACUGAAUUAUGUUGCUGGUUUUACCAAUCCUCACACUUAAGACACUUACUGUAAUGUUUACAAGUAAAAUAGUAAACAUAUUUGAAGCAUUGAUUGUUUAGCUUUAUAAUUCAGAUACAGUACUACAUUGUCAUUUUACACUGGUAUUCUUUGUUUUAUAAUGAACAUAUUGAAUUUCUACAUAAGCAUUUGGCAAAAAAGACUGAAGUUAAUUUUAAAAUCUGAAGUUUUGAAAAAGCUUUAAAAAUAACUUAAAAGUGCAGUUCUCAUAUGUGCUCAGUAGUCAUCCCUUGACACGAACUUGCACAGUGUCAUAGUCAAUUUUCAGUUCAGAACAGAAAUAUUGAAUAGUGCACUUGAGUAAGAAAAUAACAAAUAAUGCCAUUGCUUUAUGUUUAAUUUACUAGAUCUUGAUUUGGCCCUAUAUUUAAUAUUAUUGCAUCGAUCAUAAGAAAAAAAUAACCCUAUUUUCUGGCAUAAACUGUCAAAAUUUAUGCAUUUAGCAAUAUACCAAUAUAGAGCAAAAAUAUUUACAAUCCCAUCUGGUAUUAUGUAAAAUUACCAAUAAAAUAUUUUUAUGAAUACAGAUUUUGCAUUUUUGUUUACAACCAAUAAAUGUUUUUGAUGCACAAAGGUCCAUAUAUAGAUUUAAAAAAUAAGUUCAGAUUCAAUACAAAAAUCCAUUUGGUUUCUGUAGUAAGGAAGCCCACUUUCUUGAUUCUCUCCUAUCUUUCUCUUGUUCAAAAUAUUUUGGGCCAGUAUGAAAGUUGGAUAGAAUUUUUGGUAGUAAAUCCAGCCCUAAAAUAUUACCUACAUUUAAAACAUCUCAUAACAGCAAAAGUAAUGGAUUUUUGUAGCCCCUGACAAUUGUGAUGUUUGGUGGUUUCUUGUAGUAAUGUAUUUUUCUGUUUUUAAUGCAGUACUUCUACAGGCACAAUGGUACUGUCUAUUUUGUAAGAUGCUAGUUGUGAAAUACAGUUAGUUGCAUAAAAUGAAAGUCUGAUGUGAUAUCUAAAAACUUACAUACCUCAUUCCUUGGUGUUGCUGUUAAGCUUUUAAAAAUCCAAUGUUAAUUAUAGGCUAUUUCAAAUGAAUAACUACUGACCUAGUUAAAAUGUAUUAUACUUUAUCUUACUAAACAGUACAUUUCUUCAUUUCGGUUUUCUUCUCAGAUUUAAAUAUCUCUUUAAACAUUGAAUUUUGAGUUUCAUAAAUGUUUUUAGGUUGGGGGUAGACUGGGUGUCAACAUUAUGUAUUUUCCAUUGCAAGAAUUGGCAUACAUAUUUCUCAGUUUUAUUUUCUUACAAUAUAUUUUAGGUGGCACUAUGUGCAGAGUGUCUUGAGUUAAUGAAUUACAGGGAAACCUAAUCUUUGGAGUUUAUAAGUAUAAUGGUAGUGAAUUAGUGCAAUGUCCUUAAUAUGAUAUGCGUGUGAAAUGUUAACACAUUUCAGUAUUUUUGCAAGCAUAAAAUGGUAAGGAAGCACCAAUAAUUCACUAAAUCAAACCCUUGUUACCAUUAAACUUAUUAUGGAUAGACGUAGGUCUGGCAGCAGCAGGUCUUUCCAUUUGUAUAAAUAAGCAGUCAUUGCUAUAAUAUCAUUAGUAAGGAAAGCAAUCCUUAGCAUCUUUAAGAGCCAGUUUAAUAUGUGGUUGAAAUGGAACAAGUGAUUGUAAA